GAGGAAUGGAGGUCUUUUGGUUCCGCCUUCUAGCACUCCGCAUCAGGGCACCGUUGCAGCUCGCCAAGCCGAUAAUUUUGUCCACCGCGGGGAGAGAACAAGUGUUAUGGCAGCCGAUGCAGAGUUUUUGUAUUCGCAAAGCGAAAAUCCUCAUGCCGCACCGCAACUGCAGCUCUACCGCGAGCAGAAAACGUUCCAAGAAGACGAGUUGCAGGGGCUCGACAACGGUGUUAUGUCUUCAUCAAAUGCUGCGCAUCAAACGGCGAACCUCGCAAAUCCAUCACUAGCAAAGACCACCGUAGUCCUGCCGCAGAAUUACAACCGCAAGGUGCUAACGCGCAUCCGCCUUCCCCGAUUUCUGCCGCUCUCCACAGUACCAGGUUCUGCCAGCACAUCGCAGUUUUCUGCUGUGGCGGUGCGCGGGUCUUCUUCGAGCAUGAACAGCAUUACAAAUUGCAACUGGGGGUUCUUGCACUUCUGGGAGGCCCUUUUGCAGAACUGCCUGGGUGCCGGCGUGCUGGAAAAUGCCGAGGCAUGUGUGCCGGUGAAUGUGACGAUUGGACGGGGCGGCGGACAGUUUGUGACUAGUUUUCCCGAACAAAAGAGACGGGCCAAGGAUCAUCUCACGACUGGUUCCUCAGGCGAUGAAUGUGAGCACGAUCCCGAACAGGGCAUCGAUGAAGGUGCUGGAGCAAGUAGUCCUUUUGGCAAUCGAAAUCGAACGUGUUCUGACAGACUGCGAGACGGGGCCAUCGCCGGUAUCGCUGAAGGAGGAGAUUCACAAGCAACGCUGAUAGAACGGGAUCUACAGAACUUGAUCGAUAACCUCUGGGCGGAGUGGAUUGCGGACGACCGUGCUGAUCCCUCCUUUGCACACGCUCCUGGGCGUGCGCUAUCAGAGUCGCGAAAUAGAAACGUUAGAGCCAGCAGCUUUCCCUACGACGAGAGCAACGAACGCAAACCAACUUCCCGCGACGCGCGAGCUACAAAGCAGGACAGCGACGCUCGCGGCAAUAACAGUACAAAACAGGAGGAGCUGGAAGAAGAAACUGCCUUCUGCGAAAACAGGACGGCGAUACCCUUUUUGCAAUUGCGAACCUCGAAGGUUCACAAAGGUACACCUGCUAUAGCCAUCGAUGAAAGUGAAAAUCAGGACAAGCAAAAGACUGGCGACCGUGACCACGAUGUGACAAACACAGAAAUGUUACGAACGGGAGGCGUUUCUGCACAGGGUCAAUAUGAAGAGGACGAGCACGAAAAUGUACGGACGUCCACCAGUCUGUCAGCUUCGGUGUCCUCGACUUCCAGGACUUCGAGUCCGAGAUCGCAAACGAGCAACUCAGGGCCCACUUCUACUCCCACCAGCAUGUCCAUGUCGCCGGCGAGGAGCAGCAGACACCGCGGUCUUCCGGCUGUCCCAAGUGCUGCCACGAUCAACCGGCCGUGGACGCCGGCGGAAGACCAAUCAAUGCGCACCAGAGCCGAUCGAGCAGCGCACCAGAGGCCCAAAAACGCAGCCCAGGUGUUGCUAGACCGACAAAAUUUGGAAAUCAAGAUUGGCUUUUUGCUGCUGUUUCAGACACGGGCGCGGUUUCUGGAGCUUCCGUGGCUCGUGCCCGUCGGAGAAUUGCGGGAGUUCAUAAUCAGCGACUUCCACUCCCGCAUCGUUCGCAUGCACCGGAAGAAUUUAUUAGCGUCCCAGAGUCACGAAAUCGAGGAAGAUGCUCGCUUCGUCGGCCCGAGCGCUGAAAGCUGUAGGGUUGAAAAUCUCGUCACAAAGAAACCGGCAGUCGAUAGUGAUUUCAAGAGUAUGCGCGCAGAGUGCGGGGCGUUCGACAUGAAAGCAAACGACGAAUUCAUCGCGGAAGUGGCGCAGAUCAACCAUUCCGCAUCUGCGACGCGUCCAACCGGUGUCGCCGACCCUGCCACUGGACAUCCACAGCAGAGGCAGGACACCACAAGAACCGAUGACCAUAAUCCCCUGGGAAACGUGCUGCAAGCCGGCGUGGCCAAAUUGGAGCGGAGUGGAACAGCCGCGCUCGCACAGACUCUGGAUUUGAACGACGAAGAAGCCGAGGAAAUCCGACAGCGCCAGAAGAAUUACAUCCGAGGACAAAAAGAAAAGGCAAUCGUCGGCGGGUGGGGGGAACUGAGGAACGUCGAGCAGCCAGGUGGAACCUCGAGAAGUAUGGGACGAGAAAGUACCAGAGCGCCAUCGAGUUCGAGUUCCAGCCAACUUCAUCCCCCCGGCCCACUUAUUGCCAGUUCAUCACGCCCUGAUUUUUCGCCGGCGCUGGUGUCGCCACCCGCCACGCCCGUGUACACUUACGGACCAAGUGGAAGUAACAUGCCCGCGCGACGUGACGGACGAGGAGGGUUGUUGUGCGGUUCUAGCACAAAAAAGAUUGCGGUCUCUCCGACUGCACCAGAUGCGGUUCCGGUCGGCACAGAGAAGCCUUCCUGCAGUUCGCGCCUUAGACACGGCCAGCCUAGUAGAGGAGGCUGUGCAAUACCUAAACCGACUCUAACCGAGUAUGUUGCGCGCUUCAUUUUUGCCUACAAGAAAAUUGGGAGGGAGCGAACCGAGGCUGUUUUCUCGGAAGGACGCGGCGGAGCCGUGCGCGAUGGCGCAGCCGCCGUGCAACAGAGAAGCACAAGCAACAAAGGACGCGGCUCCUCGGAAAUGCAUUUCUCCCCUCGGCCUGGUGGGGAGCAAAUACGCACGCAGCAUCGCGAAAGCCAGAUUGUGCCGCUUAGCCACAGAAAUUUGAUGAUGAGUAAUCAAGAGCGACAAGACUCAAAGAGUCAGCAGCAAGCCGAUAUGGUCGGCGGUACAGUGGAGCAAGAUUGCAAAAAAGCGUCCGUCGCUUCGACCGCAAUCGAGCACAGUGCGGAUGUGCAGCUUCACGACAUUCGCUCCACGUCCUCCGGGCGGGGGCUCCGGCAUCGAAACAGGAAGGCAAGGGCUGUCGUCGCGCACCAGCAGGCGCACAGCCGAGAAACGAAGCAAGCGCCAAUAGAAAAUACCCUGCGGAGCCCGCUUGAAAUAUACGACAAAGAGGACGAGGAAAUAGCCGAACCUGCUGUACUUGGCGACACAACUACGGUCGGCCGCGAGCACGAGGACAGUGAAGCAGCUGACACUCCGGCCAUGAUUCGCCAGAGAGACCAAGCAUGUCCUGGAUCACUGUCUGUCGCCGACGUAGUGUCUCUGCCGGAGCGCCGCUCUUCGUAUUCGUUUAGCAUUGGUGGAAACGCGCGAAGUGGACGAGAUCUCGUGGGCUCAAAGAUAGCAAGCGCGCCGCUUUUUCAUCCGAGCAAAGAGGGUGUGGACCAGCAGACGAGACAGCAAAUCCCAACAACAUUCGCGCAUCUGCUCCAGCAUUCGCCUGCAGCGGCGAGGGCCUUGAGAGCUACUGCUUGUAGUCCAGCCGCGGCAUGGUCCAGUGCUGAAGUUAGGACUGGGAGCGAUCCUACAAUAAAUUUCGCCCAUUUCACGAUGCCUACGUUUCUCCCUUUGAAGUACAAUUCUUUCGCCCACUUUCUCGCCCACCCCCUUCCCAACCACUUCGUGAGUCGCUGCAUUGAGAAGCCGGAAGAUUUGCUACUGCACGGCAAGGACACGGUGUCCGAGGAUCUUCUGCUUCCCUUGCGGCAGUUACAGACACAGAUUCGACGCAAUUUGUUUCCGCAGGCCGCGACACGGACUCAGCAGCCGCUGCGUCGCGGCGCUGGUGGGGGGAUGUAUUUUGCAGCAGAAGGUUCCUCGUCUGCGUACGUGGAAGAAAGUGCUGAAGCAGAUCUGAAUUAUCGUGCAGACAAUUUCGAGACCGAGAGUGCUUCUUCGUCCUCCUCGCGAGCAGGGAUCGCGAAGGAAAGCCACACGCCCGGGCAGACCGUGGAAAUCACGGCGCUGCGGAAGCUCGGACGAGAACUGUUUCACGAGGAGUUGCGUAACUUGCGGACGCGCUGUGCGGAACUGACCAAAAACGCGAUGAAAGUCACGAGACGUGCGGAUUCUGGCUUGGAUAUCAAGGCUAGUAGCAACAAUGUCGAUCAUGCGCCUGCUUCGAGUAGUUCAACUACGUUUCUACCUGCGCCAGCAAUGCCUGCUGCUCUGUGGAAAAACCAACUGGUCAUGCCCGGGUUGUUUGAUGCUUUCGAACAAGAUUCCGUGGCGACAGAUCAACAGCAGCGGCUCGGGCGACUUAGCACAGGCUCUCUAUUCACUUCUAUGGGGCGGAAUUUCUCUGCUGCACUACCGCAAGCGCAGUCCAGCAGUAAACCGUUUGAUCUAAACCAGAUCAGCUUUGAAAUAGAGUCCAUGUAUGUGCAAAGUGUAUUCCUGACGAAGCAUAGGACUUGUACCGGAGCGCGAGGACAAGAAAGCGAAGUCAGACCGAACAACGUCAUCACCUCGUUCAUGCAGCAACGAAAGGAUGAAACGGAAAUGCAGAUUGUGCUCUCUGACGAGGCGUACUUGAGAAAAAAGCUAACGCAGGUCACGGCAAGGCAGAAAUUGCAAAACGCACGCGCAAAGCUUCGGCUCGCAGGAGGCAAAGCGGCGGCAGGCCCUGGAGGAGGUAGUGCUUUUAGGCCGCCUGUUGGAACAAGCACAGGUCGGAAAGCGAACAUCAAGCAGAGGAUGUUCACAGCCGCGGGAGAAAACACGACGAGCUCCCUGGAUGCCGAGAGGAGCGAGGGUGCCACCAAUUCUGGGUCACCCUUAGACCCCCGGACGAUUGUCUUACGCAUCCCUUUCUCCGAUUUCAUUUGUCCCCCGGCCGUGCAGGCCGCCAUCGGUGCUUGUCUGAAAAUCGGGGCGAUAAACCAAGAACUAGCCGGUCCACACGGGUUGUCUGAACAAGUGUACACGACACGGACUGCAGAUGAGAGCGGCGCGUUCGUCGAUUCAGGACGAGGACAGAAGGCUCACGAAGUCUGCGAGCGCACAGAUCAAAAAACCAUUUCACCUCCCACCGCCUGCUCUCUGGCCGCCCUUCACUGUCUGAAGGCCUCCCCCUUCGCCUUUCUCCGCAACGCGAUCGACGAGCAUCUGGUGCGGCGACGGAAGGAGAACAUGGCGGAUUACGACUCCGAGAACGACUCCAACCAGCAGCAAGCCCGGCAGGUGAUCGUGUUUGAGCUGGAGCGCACGGCCACUUGGAACUCCUUUACGUCGCCGUUUCUGCCCUGCGAGCCCCGGGAGCAGUUAUGGAUUGCAAAAGUGUCUGGGUCUGGAAGAAUGCAAGAUUUGUCAUGCAUAUUUCUCAUGACCCAUGAUGCCUGUGAUGCAUCCCCUAGCAUCGCAGACAUUUAGAAGGCUUCCUGAUGCACUUUCCGCAUGAGAAAUGCCCUGUCCUUGUAGCACAAACUGUGCCCCUCUUGCUGGUCAUGCAAUACAAAAUUUUUUUAGAGUCCAAAAUCAGCAUGACAAGUUGGAUUCUUCCAGACCCAGACAUUUUUACAGUUGAUAGCAGUACCGGUGGAUCGACCAGAACGGCAACCGGCACCCGAACAUCGCGAAGAACCUGACCCGGAAGGAGGUACAGGCCAGCCCCACACCGCCCCUCGAUUUUGGAAAGUUGUGGAUCCCGAAAACGGAGUGGACCUACGUCGUCGACUACCCGAAUGGGGCGACGGACGAAAACGGCUGGCAGUACGCCGUGCAUUUCGCCACCAAUUCCGGCGACCGCUCCGUGUCCAUGGUCAGCGCGAACGACUCGGCCCACUGGUCCGCGCAGGAUAGUUGGCCGUGCGUGUGUCGAAGAAGAAAAUGGGUGCGGGAGUACGUGUAAAGAGGUGGCACGAAGUUGACUGAUUGACGCCCCAGCCAGAUCUUUAAAUAUUGAAACAGAGCCAGAGGAGAAAGUAGUACUUAAGAAUUGAAAAGCACAGCUCGCUGCUGUGACUCUUUACGACAGCAGGCACAGAUUUGCGUCAAUAUUUAUUCUCUUGCUUUGAAGUUGUGCAAAUGCACAGAUGUCGUAAAUAGUCUUAUUGCAAAGGCAUGCAGCUGCUGCUCAUUGAUCUGCUUCUGCUUUUCACUGACUGAGAAUCGAAGAAACGGAAACCUCGUCUGGCUUUGUACUUGCUUUUGUGCCCAGCAUAAGGCUUCGCUUGC